CAUAUUUCAAAACUGAUAUGACGGGAGGGAACAAGGCAAAAAUCAUUGAAUAUCGUCUUCAUCAGCUGCGAUAAUUAGCUCAUUUUCUCUCAAACUCAAUUAUCAUAUUUCGGCAUGGAAAUGAACGGAGAAGGUGGAAAUCAAGAGCGAAAGAUCGCCACCAAGAAGCUGAGGGCAUUGGAGGAGGGUAGGCUGCCCACUGACUGCGUCUUCCUCGUUGGCAGGAAUGACCAUAGUGCACAGGAGGUUCGAGCAUUCAAGCACGACCUGCAGGUGUGCAGCGAGUGCUUUGAUGGCUUCUUCAAUACUUUUGUGACUGACACUGCUCUCAUCAGGCUGAGGAAUGUUGAGCCGAAUAUCUUCAAACUUGUUGUCGAAUUCGCCUAUUUGUCUGGACAACUUGUGACUGAAGUUUCCUGUCUCGAAGAGUGUCUGCAUCUGGCCCAAGCAGCAGAUGAAUUCAUGAUUGACGAACUGAGCGAUCUCUGUGUGAAGAUCCUCGAGGAAAAUUUUCUCACUGUAGACAACGUUCGGAGAGUGCUGAACGCCUGGCACCACGUGACAGCUGUUGGUCUGGCGUGUCUCAAGCUGCUGAGUUCCUCUGCUAGAGAGUGUUUGAACCCCAAAAGAUUUUGUGAAGCCAACGAACAGGCCCUCAAGCUGUUUUUGAGCCUUGACAACGUGAACUACAAAUCUGAAGUGGAGGUGUUUCGAGCUUGUAUUGCUUACGUUGAGAGCACCUCGCGAGACAAGGUCUGCCUGCCUCGACAUCGAGCAUUGCUCCUGUCGGAAGCCGGUCCCCUUGGAGAAUUGAUGCCCUUGUUGAGUGAAAAGGAUCAGCAUCGUGUAACCAUGUUCACAAAUAAACUGACCUCCUUGGAAGCCAAGCAAGAGACUGGUCUGUGUCUGAAAAGUGAAGAGAGGCGCUCCCGCUGCCAAGAGUUCCACCUGUUUCCUCGCCUUAAAAUGCUGGACAUGUUGUCAGUCUUCAGGGAAGGACGUGCUGAAGAGAUCAUUGACGUCUCGUAUCUCGCUGGCAUUUGGAGAUCUCUCUAUUUCAAGCUCUCUUUGAAAACGAAGAAGUGCAUUUCCAUCUUGGGGUUCGACCUUUUUAGUCAGGUGAUGAACAUCAAAUUUGAAGACUACCUCAGCAGCACUCCAUUUCGCAGGUUGAUGCUUGGCGACACUUACAAAAACAACAUGUGUGUUGCAGUCCGCGCCACUUCUGCUUUAGGAGGCGAAUUGUCUCCCUUGGUGCAGUGCCCUGCCACGCUCACCAAGAACUCGUGGGCUCGCUUUGACACGUUUGUCACCCUCCCCAAAGGUGGUAGUUUGGAAAUCACCGUAAGCAUUUACGACAUCCCUUACUCCUAUACGGGGGGCAUGUUUCUGCGAAAGGUUGGCAACCUGAACCAAAACUCUGACCACUUCAGUCAAGUCAAAGUGGAGAUGGCUACAGUUGAUAUUUACAAGUUGUUUGACAAUUAUAGCGCCACUGAUGUGGGCGUCUUCAAGAGCAUCUACUUUGAAGAAGUGUGAACUUGUACGUGGAAGCUUCAAACGUUUCUUUUUUCACAUACUGAAAUAUUAUGUAUUUUGGCCAGAUGGUCAACUUUUUUGAUAGUAUUUAAAAUUGCGUUUCGUAAUUUUGUGCGUAAGAAAUGACGGAAACUUGAAACCUUGCUUUUGAUUUAAAGGUUUUAUCGUGGUCUACAAAUUUACCAUUGUUUCAUUUAAAGUUUGAAAUCAAUACCAAUCCGCCUGUUGUGAAAACCUUAAAUUCGAACGUGAAGAUUCUUAAAAAUUUGCUAAAAUUUUAUUUGUGAAUUAAAUAAGAAAUAGGGGUUAUGAAUUCAUUGAACAAUUCACCUGUAAUAUUUAGCUGACAAAUUGAUUGCUGUUAAAACAAACGACCAAUUUUUGUUGAUUAUCAAAGACAGCUGUGAGUUACGGACUAGAAAGUCGAUAAAUAAAUGCUAAUAAACGAU